AUGGCAUUAGCAAGUGGUCAGUGGGUUGACAAGGAGAUCAAAGGACAGUCACCAAGCCCAAGGUAUGGACAUGCGCUGGCAGUGGCUGGAAACUUAGCAUUCUUGUUUGGAGGUGUUUCUGCUUUGAACUCCCCUGUCAGAACAUUAACAUGGGAAAAGUUAAAGACCAGUGGAAGGGCCCUGCAGAGUUUGAAGCACAGUUCAAAUGUUGUUGGGGAAAACAUCUAUGUCUUUGGAGGUAUAUUGAAAGGCAAUGCUUGUGAUGACCUCCUUGUGUUUAACACAGUGGCACUGACAUGGACUCCAGUCAAAACCACUGGCUCUGUUCCAUCUGCAAGGUUUAACCAUACAACUGCACUACUUGGUGAACAGAUCUACAUGUUUGGAGGCAGUUCAGCAGAAGAUUCCUAUCACAAGGAUAUUUACAUUCUUGAUACAGCCUGGCAGAAGUGCUAGGUUAAGGGAGAGUCGCCAAGUGCGUCUGUGAGUCAGACAUUCACUGCCCAUCAUGACAAGGAUAUCUACUUGUUUGGAGGUAGAUGUGAAAGCAAAAAUGGCACCACAACAAAUGAAAUACAAAAGCUAAGCAUUGCAAAGAUGAAAUGGAAAGUGUCGCUUUAUGUAGGGAUCCCUCCAGCUCACAGGCAUGGUCAUGCAGCAUUUAUUCUCCAUAGUCACAUUUAUAUCUUUGGAGGCGCUAAUGAAGAACAGGAGUUUAAUGAUGUUAAGGUGAUGAAACUAAUAAAUCCUUCUGAAAGACAGCCAAUAAUGAAAGAAAUCCUGUCAGAAUUUGGAAUCCAAGGAGUCAGCAGUGGGUUUGCACCUACAAAGGUUCCUAAAGUCAAGUAUGAGUUAACAGUGUCUACUUUUCCAGAAGGAAUUGACUCACCUCCUCCCAUCCAAGUAGGAGACCACAGAGAUUUCAAUACUGUUCGCAAUGAAGCUAUGAAAAUGGUUACCAGAGCUUUUGCUAUAGUGGACAAUGCAUUUCAGAAACUGGAUAAUGAAAAGUCUGAGCCUUCUCGAGCGAGAAUUGCUUUUCAGUAUGAAAAAGAAGCCUAUAGCACCCAACAUCAAAAACAGCAGCAGGAACUUAAGGAAAUGCUAGAAAAACACAAGGCCCAGAAUGAGGCAUGGCUGAAAGCCAGAGCAGAGGAAAAUGACAGAGAAAGAAAGGAACUCUGUAAACUCAGGGAGGAAGUAUUACAUGAACAAGAGAAACUAAAAGAGCAGCAAUCAAACAUUCAAAAACGCAGUGAACAGAUGCUUUCUAUAAUGCAACAGUUUAAAGGCAUGUAAAGCAUAGACAGCUCAGGAUUCAGAGCCAAAGAAAUUGUAGACUGCUGACCAGUAGACAUCAGUUUGGGUAAAAUUAUAGAGCAUAAAUGAGUUUGGCUCUGCAAAUCAUUUAUUUCUGAGUUGAGUGACAAUAGCCAAAAUGAUGUAUUUGUGUUCUCUUAAAGAGGUGCUUGAGCACUUUGAUAUCUUGUUGUCCAAUUAGCCCUGAUUAUCACGGUUAAAAUGUUUUCCAGCAUCUAAAUUGGUGAAAGUGUGAGUGAAAUACAGCUUUUGUAUAAUCAGGGGGUUGCUUCCCAAAAGCUACUUUAACCUAGCCAACCUUGUGAGAGCAUCUUAGAACAAACUUAGCAAAAUGCAUGUGUCUGGGGUAGUUGUGAGAUAUA